AGACUCAGCGGUGGGAGCCGGACGGAGACAGGCUGGGUCUGAAGGUUCACAGGAGUCGAUCCGAGUCUAGAUUUCAUUUUUUUUCUUUUGUUUUCGACAUUAAAGCGCGUGAAGAGGCCAUGUCGGUGAAUAUGGACGAACUCAGGCACCAAGUGAUGAUCAAUCAGUUUGUUUUGACGGCCGGCUGCGCUGCCGAUCAGGCGAAGCAGCUCCUCCAGGCGGCCCACUGGCAGUUCGAGACGGCCUUAAGCUCCUUUUUCCAGGAGGCGAACAUCCCCAGUCACCACCACCAGAUGAUGUGUACUCCCAGAAACACUCCCGCCACGCCACCGAACUUCCCCGACGCCAUCACCAUGUUCUCCAAACUGCGGGCGACUGAGUGCGGCUCCGGCGCCGGCAACGGACCCUCCCAGGUGUCCAUGGCCUGUUCGCCCCCUGUCCCUUCCUCCACGUCAGGUUUCGGCUCCUUCUGGGCUUCUUCGCCGCCCAGCCACCAGCCGGCCUGGCUGCCCCCGUCGUCGCCCACCGGCCACCACAUGCACCACCAUCACUACCACAUGCAACAGACUCCCAUGUGGCCCCCCGUCUCUCAGCCCAGCGGCUCCCAGCAGCCCCCCGUUGUAUCGGCGCUCCACGGCCAGAGAUGAGACUGUGCACUGGGCUGCGAGGGGCAGGGAGGGAGGCCUGGGCGGCUGGUUCACA